AAUGCUCAGCUCGAGGUCCACAUUCGGGACUGGUACAGGAAACAAGCUCCUAGCAUCUCAAAGGACUACAGCUCCUACUACCAGACCAUUGAGCAGCUCCAAAACCAGAUCAUUUCAGCCACUGUGGACAACAACAGAAUGCUUCUGGACAUCGAUAACAGCAAGAUGACUGCGGAUGACUUCCGGAUGAAGUAUGAGAACGAGCUGGUCAUCCGUCAGACUGUGGAGGCUGACAUUAAUGGCUUGAGAAAUCUCCUGGAUGACCUGACCCUGGUUAGGUCUUCACUGGAAUCCGAGCUGGAGUCCCUGAAGGAUGAGCUGAUUGCUCUGAAGAGAAACCACGAAGAGGAAAUAAGGCAGCUGCAGUCUCUGUCUGGUGGUGACGUGAGUGUGGAGGUCAAUGCCGCCCCUGGACAAGACUUGACAAAGAUCCUGAACGAGAUGAGAAACGAAUAUGAGCAGAUCAUCGAGAAGAACCGCAGAGAGGUUGAGCAGUGGUAUGAAGUCAAG